UCCUUACGUCAUCUGCAUUGCUUAGUGGAUGCGUAGACGUUUAUAGAAAUAAUUGUGUAAAGCAUGUAGGAUAAAUGGUUCACAUAUUUGUUUGUAAAUCGAAUAAAAAUGGGUUACAGGAUAUAGGUACUUAUGAAGAGGCUUGUAAAGCGCAUGUAUCGUCUGCGCAUGCGCGAUCCGCCUCCUGCAAACAUCAUGGCGCAGCAAGAGCCGAAUGGAGAUUUUCCAUAUUUACCUUCAGGGGCGGCCGAGGUAAACCGAAUGAUAAAGGAGCACAGUGACUUGUUCUCCGAUUCUCAGUGUAAAGUGUGCAGCGCUGUCUUAAUCUCAGAAUCCCAGAAACUUGCACAUUACCAGAGCAAAAAACAUGCGAGCAAAGUGCGCCGGUACAUGAGCAUUCAUGGUAAUGAGGAGCCCAUUGCAAAACGGUUCAAGCCUUCAGGUGAUACAAGUAAUGCCGAUGAAGGGGAUAAAUACAAAGCCUGCAGUGUGUGCAACAUGACAUUCUCUUCCCCGGUAGUGGCACAGUCUCAUUACCAGGGCAAAGUUCACUCCAAGAACCUUCGCUUGAAGACCUUCGGUCAGCAAACUCCUGCAUUACCUCAGCCCAAAGCGCAGGUCAAGAAGGAUGAAGGGCUACCUGAAGGUGGGCAAGGGCCAGGAAAGCGGGACCCCAAUCGCUUCUGCUCCAUCUGCCAGGCUUCCUUCAACAAUCCUCUCAUGGCUCAGCAGCACUACAGUGGCAAGAAACAUAAAAAACACCUGACUAAACAGAAGCUGAUGGAGACCUAUGGGCCAUCCUCUGCACCAGGUCAGAACAUAGAAGCCUCCACACUGAAGGGCUACCCAUGUACUGUGUGCAAUAUUGAGCUGAACUCCGUCGAGCAGUACCAGGCCCACAUCAGCGGGUCCAAACAUAAAAACCACGUUAGGCUCAAGAAAGGGCCAAAUACAUUUCCCGGCCCCCCUGAAAACUACCAGCCCGAUUUCCAGUAUCCACCCAACCAAGAUGGACCGGAGGACACAGGGGAGUGGGACAGCUUCACUGAGAGCUAUGAGUGAGAAGACAUUGUCAGCCUUCGCUGCCCUCUGCUCAUUUGUGACAAGCUUCCUCUGUUUAGGCACAGGUCAAUGUGUGUCUGCACUGUGCAUCUCCUAAUGCCAGCUUUUCACCACACUACAUCUCUUCCUGUCUAUUCUUGUCGCUCUCACACAGUUGAGGGACCACAAACUUCCACAGCGUUUUUUUUUAUUUUUUUGUCACCUCCAAAACCGAAGUCAAGGAGGAAAAACUUAAGAGUGCUGCUUUUUCCAGUGUUAGGAUUGUUUAUUAGUGUUAUGUUACGUGUUUGUUUGGUUUACAAAAAUCAUUUCCACAAUCUCCACAUACAGAUGCAGGUCCUGAAGGUGGUUUCGGGAGAUGUUUUGUCUAUAUGUUUGAUACUCUUACUCUUACUUGUUGCUUAUUAUUUUAAACUGCUCAAGCUCCAUGUUUUGUUAAAUGAAUGUCUGUGGAGUUCAAAGCUGGUGAAUUUGAUAGUGUGCAACGUUUGGAAAGUUUGUUUUUGGGAGCUUAGAGCGCUUUAUUUCUUAACUUCUGAUUUUCUAUGUCAAUUUUGAAAAGGAAAAAAAAAUCUAUACAUUUUUAAGCAAUUUUAGUGAUUUACUCUGUUUGUUCUAGGCUUGACAGUAGUUGUCUUUCAUUUCUCAUGGCUCCUUUCCAUGUCCAUGUAAAUGUAAAUCUUUAAGUAGGAAGCAUACUGUAAUUUCAUACGCUUACUAGAGAUUUAAGAUAAGUUAAAUUGGUGCUUCAGUUCUAACAUCCAAACUGAACUUCUCCUAGUAAUUAAAGCUGUCCAUUCAUGUGAAAUUAGUGCCAGAUCAUAAGGAUGAUUUAUUUAUUUAGUUUAUGUUUAGGUGCAAACACAAAAGUUCAUCUUUACAUAGAUUCCUGCAGUAUAUUCUGGUGUAACAAAGUCAGACUAGUACUACAAGCUGAUUAGAUCUAAAUGUAUUUGUAAGUUGAAAGCCUCUGUUCAGGAUUAAUGUGAAAACGCUCCAAUUAUAAAGCUAAAAUGCAACAAGUUUUUAAUGAAAAUUGAGCAUAUGUGUAAUGUAUGGCUUGCAUUGUUUAUUUUUGCAAUGUACAAUGCAGAUUGUUCAUGGUACAAGAGACUGAUGCUAAUGCUAUGAUGUAAAAUCAGCAAUAGUUCAAUUAGUGUUUAGAACCACCAUAAUUAAGCUUCUAAUUAUAAAUGAUUCAGUUUCAGAUUCAGUGUUCAUUGGGGACAGCUAUUUCUUAAGUCAUUGUGAAAGACUGAAGCACGACCAUUAUUCUUUGUCUCACUCUCCCAAGUCCGUUAUACGAGAUGUAUGUUGCAAGUUAAUACAGAAUCCUCAAAAUCAGUCAGCAGAAGAACUACUGUAAGUACAUUGUUUAGUUUGGGAGCCUGAAAUGUUAUAUUGACAUGUUCUUGUAAUGUUAAAGGCUUCUAAGCAGCACAACAGCAAUUAAGUGCUGGUUUAAGGCCUUCAAACUUGGUAGCAUAUAUGUUUUUGUUGUCAUUUUGCUUUUAUUGGUCAAUUUUCUUUUCAACAGAAAGUGUGAGCCUAAAGAGAUGUGUGUUACUUUUCAUCCAGUAAAAUGUUUUGAGAAAAAAAAAAACCUUAGUAUUUCAGACUUGUUUAAUGAACAUACCAGCACUCACAAAUUGCUCUCAUAUUCACCUUGUUUUUCAGUGUUGUUUUUGUACAGCUAAAAAAACAUUUAAAAAAAAGUGUCUGUGCUGCUUCUAUGUUAAAUAUAAAAUGGAUACUGCAGCAGGGCAGCUAUCAUUUUACAUUUCCUUUCAAUAUACAAGUCCACAUAGAUAUAAGUUUGCCAUUUUCCCUUUACUUAUUGACCUUUUCCAUUAAAGCUGCUAUCAGAAAUAUAAGCUGCCUUGAUAACUAAUGCUAGUGACCUCUGGAAGACGUACAUUCCUCUACCUCGCCCUGUUUUUUGAUACUGUACCUUUAAGAGUACUAUAUGUAAAUUAACUGUUUGGCCAAAUUGCUAAAUAC